AUGCCAAGCAAAGCCAACCAAAGCCAACCCAAACGAAGCCAAGACAAGUUUCGCCCUCUGCAAGCCACACCAAGCCAAGCCACGCUUUCUGCAAGCCCCGCCAAGCCAAGCCAAGCCAACCCAAACGAAGCCAAGACAAGUCUCUCGCUCUGCAAGCCACUCCACGCCACGCCAAACCAACCUAAGCACAGCCACGCCCUCUACAAGCCACGCCACGCCAAGCCAACCCAAACCACACCACGCCAAGCCAAGCCAAGCCAAGCUCUCUGCAAGCCUCUCCAACCCAAGACAACCCAAACCAAGCCAAGCCAAGUCAAGCCAACCCAACCCAAACCAAACCAAGACAAGUCCCGCCCUCUGCAAGCCCCGCCAAGCCAAGGCAACCCAAACCAAGCCACACCAAGUCCCGCCCUCUGCAAGCCACGCCAAACCAACCAAAACCAAGUCACGCCCUCUACAAGCCACGCCACACCAAGCCACGCCCACUGCAAGCCCUGCCAAGCCAAGGCAACCCAAACCAAGCCUCGCCAAUCCAAGCCAAGCCAAGCCAAGCCAAGACAAUGCCCGCCCUCUGCAAGCCACACCAAGCCAAGCCACGCAAUGCCACGACAAGCCAAUCCAAGCCAAGCUAAGCCAUGCAACGACAAGCCAAGCCACGAUCUCUGCAAUCCACGCCAAUCCAAGGCAACCCAAUCCAGGCCACGCCAAGCCAACCCAAACCAAGCCAAGACCCCCACCCUCUGCACGCCACGCCAAGCCAAGCCAAGCCAAGCCACGCCACGUCACGACAAGCUAAGCCAAGCCAAACCAAGGAAACCCAAGCCAAGCCAACCCAACCCAACCCAACCUAACCCAACCCAACCCAAGCCAUGUCACACCAAGCUAAGCCACGCCAAAUCAUGCCACGCGAAGCAACGCCACACCCUCUGCAAGCCUCGCCAAGCCCCGUCAAGGCACGCCCUGCCAAGCCAACCAAAGCCAAGCCACGCCCUAUACAAGCCACACCACGUAAAGCCAACUCAAGGCAAGUAA